CCCCGGUCGGCGGCGAUGGCGUCGGGCCCCGGCGGGGGUCCGGACUGGCUGUGCGCGCUGCCCCGCAGCUGGACCUACGGCGUCACCCGCGGCGGCCGCGUCUUCUUCAUCAACGAGGAGUGUCAGAGCACGAGCUGGCUGCACCCGGUCACCGGACAGGCCCUGCUCACCGGACACCGACGCCCCACCCCAGAUCUGCCCACCGGCUGGGAGGAGGCUUACACUUUCGAAGGGGCGAGAUACUAUAUAAAUCACAAUGAUCGGAAGGUGAGCUGCAGGCAUCCGAUCUCCGGCCAGCCCUCCCAGGACAACUGUAUCUUCGUCGUCAGUGAGCAGUCGGCCCCCACCAUGACCUCGGACGAGAAGAAGGAGCGGCCCGUCGGCCUCCUCGGCGAAGCCUCCAGCUACGACCCCAGCUCGGACUACGCCGCCCAUCCGGUCGGCCCCGUGGCCAGGUCAUCCCGGUCUUCCAAAAAGGUUCAUAAUUUCGGGAAGAGGUCCAACUCCAUCAAACGGAACCCUAACGCCCCCGUGGUCAGACGAGGUUGGCUCUACAAGCAGGACAGCACGGGGAUGAAGCUGUGGAAGAAACGCUGGUUCGUGCUGUCGGACCUCUGCCUCUUCUACUACAGAGAUGAAAAGGAAGAGGGGGUCUUAGGGAGCAUUCUCCUGCCCAGUUUCCAGAUCGCGAUGCUCUCGGCCGAGGAUCACAUUCACCGCAGAUACGCUUUCAAGGCUGCCCACCCCAACAUGCGGACCUACUAUUUCUGCACGGACUCGGGCAAGGAGACGGAGCUGUGGAUGAGCGCCAUGCUGGAUGCCGCCCUCGUCCAGACGGAACCCGUCAAGAGGGCGGACAAGGUGACGGCGGAGGACGCCCCUUCCCGGGAGGUCAACGGCGUCUCCGACCGCAGGGCGCCGACGAGGCCGGAAAGCCACGGCAACCAGAAGACCAGAGAAGUCAGCAAGACGGAAGAGCGGAAGGCCCUGGAGGCCGAGAAGUUCGGCUUCCAGAAGGACGGGCGGGAGAGGCCCCUGACCAAGAUCAACAGCGUCAGACUGAACUCCCUGGAGCCGGAGCAGGAGGGCGGCCGGGCCGGGCCCGGGAACCCGGCGGGCGGCGCCCGGCCGGCCGGGGGGCCCCCCCCGGGGGACCCGGCCCGCCUCGUCCGGAGGACCGAUUCCGUGCUGCGGCUGGAGCAGUGGAUCGGGGCCCAGAAGGGGAAGGGCCACGAGGAGGAAGUCCGCGGGCUGGCCUCCUACCAGACGCUGCCGCGGAACAUGCCGAGUCACCGGAGCCAGGCGGCGGCCCGUUACCCCGAGGGCUACCGGACCCUCCCCCGCGACGGCCGGCCGAGACCCCAGAGCACGUGCGGCGGGCCCGGGCCGGGGCGGCUGCGGCCCGGCCACGGGGACACCAUGUGGCAGCUCUACGAGUGGCAGCGGCGGCGGGCCCUGAGCCGGCCGGGGGGCUGCGGGGGCGGCCCCCCGCCCCGCUCCGUCCCCGCCUCCCCGGCCCGCGGCCUCCCGGCCGCGCCCCCGGCCUUCCCCGCCUUCCCUCCGCCCUCCUCCUCCUCCUCCUCCUUCUCCCCGCCGCCGCGGGGCUACCGCCCCCAGGGCGUCUCGCCCGCCCAGAGAGGGGACGCCACCUUGGACCGCCGCCUGCGCCUGCACAACCCCAAGCACGGCUUCGUCCCCGAGCGGAGGUCCAUGCCAGCGGGCCUGACUCUGCAGCCCAUCUCUCCCCGGACCCUCCAGACCAAAACGCCAGAGGAGCUGACGCUGCUCCUGAUCCAGCUGAGACGGCAGCAGGCCGAGCUGAGCAGCCUCCGGGAGCACACGCUAACGCAGCUCGUGAAACUCAAGCUCCGGGCCCACAGCCCCAAGAAUGAGAUUUUUUCCCACCACCUCCAAAGGAGUGCCAUCUCAGUGGAUCACCAGAUGAGAGAGAAUGAACCUUUAAUCGCCAUGGUUCACACUAUGAUUGAAAACUCGGCCCAGAGACCCCAACUGUACCAGCAACUGUCUCAGGACGAGUGCCGCGGCAGCCUCCACAACUUCGGACCCGAGGAGGGGGACAUCGACGCCAAGCUGAGCCGCCUGUGCGAGCAGGACCGAGCGGUGCAGGCCCUGGAGGAGAGACUCGAGCAGCUUCACACGGAAAAAUACACGCUGGAGCAGGCGCUGCUGUCGGCCAGCCAGGAGAUCGAGAUGAACGCCGCCUCGGCGGGGCCGAACGCGGGGCCGGCCGCCCUGCAGACCGUCGUCCUGCAGAGGGAAGACCUGCGCAACGGCCUGCUGGGCACCUGCCGCGAGCUGGCCCGGGCCACCGCCGAGCUGGAGCGAGCGUGGCGGGAGUACGACAAGCUGGACUUGGGCGUCACCGUGACGCGGACCCAGAUGCAGGACCAGCUGCAGCGGCUCGGAGAGCUCCAGACGGAUUUGGCUGGAAUUCAGCGGGCGCAGAUUCAGAAAGAGCUUUGGCGAAUCCAGGACGUCAUGGAAGGUCUGAGCAAGCAUAAGCAGCAGAGAAGCGCCGCGGAUGCCGGUCUUCCGGAAGCCGCGGCUUCUUCAGCGACGAAGAGCAAGAAUGAGGAAGAGGGCCCGGCCCCGCCUCGCCCUCCUCUCCCCCGCGCCUAUGAGUUUCCCGAGCGGCGGCACGUGGCCCCCUCUGUGCCCUGGCCCAGCGGCUCCUUGCUCUGCUACAGCGGGGGCCCGGACCCCCUGCCCGAAGACAGGAAGGCCCACCCGGUGCCCGGCCACCCACGCGGCGGCGCUCACUGCGGUCCCGACUACCGACUGUACAAGAGCGAGCCCGAGCUGACCACCGUGGCCGAAGUGGACGAGUCGAACGGCGAGGAGAAGGCCGAGCCCGCCUCGGACGUCAUCGACUCCUCCGUCGCCAAAGGACGCCACUUUCCCAUCGGCGUGGUGCCCCCGAGAACCAAGUCGCCCAUCCCAGAAUCCUCCACCAUCGCGUCCUACGUCACCUUGCGGAAGAACCAGCUGCCCGGGACCCGGAGAACGGAGCGGCCGCGGAGCUCGUCGGAGCAGCCGAGCGUGUGGGAGGGCGUCCGACCGCGCAUGACGGUGGAGGAGCAGAUGGAGCGGAUCCAGAGGCACCAGCAGGCCUGCCUGCGGGACCGGAGGAAAGGCCCGGGGCCGACCGGACCCGCCGGGCUGUCGGGGCCGGCCGGCGGGGGCCCUCUGGAGUCCGCCCCGGGCCCGGCCUGGGCGGCGGACACCCUGCCUCGGCUCCACCAGAACCGAUGGAGGGGCUUCGACUCGGGGGCCGCCGACACCGGAAGACGGGACGGCGUCGCCGGAGAGAGCGAGCGCAAGCCGGACGGCCCCGGCCCGGCCGAAGAAGAAGCGGCGCGGCCCAGGGAAGCCUGGGCACCGGAGCGUCGUCCGGGGGAUUUCCGGAAAGAGCUGGUGAGAGCGACCGGGCCGUCGCCCCGUGACCCGCUGACCUCGCCCGAGCCACCCGGGGCCGACCCAGAAGAAAUCGGGGAGAAGAUGCGCGGCGCCCACAGGCCGAGCGGGAGCGGGCCGGCCCCGCCGGGGGACGCGGAGCCCGCCGACGCCCCGGAGGACCCGCCCACGCCCCCCGCCUGCCAGCCGGGCCCCCAGCACGUGCCCGCCGGGAUCGCCGACGCCGCAGCCCAAGGCCCACGGCAGUGGCCCGAGCCGCCCGUGUCUCCGCAACCGCUCCCGCAGCCGCAGCUGUCCGAGGGCUCGCACUUCAUGUGCGUGUAGUCGCGACAGGGCCGCGCUGCUCUCCGUCGACGAGAAAGAAAGCGCUGGGAGGGGAAAAGACUUGGAGCCGCGGCGGCCACGUUCUUCAGCCGUGCCGGCGUCCGCCGGUUGCGGGGGCGGGAGGGGGCGUGGCGGCCGGACGGAUGGACGGGAUCGGGGAGCGGACAUCUUGGCCGGCCGCUUGAUGGCUCGGAGAUUCAGGGCGUCGUCACCGCCGCCGCAGGCCCCUCCGUCACUUCUCACCCCCUCCCUCAUCCCACGACCCUUCCGGGGCUGGCCACGCCGAGCCCUCCCGCCCGCCCCCAUCCCCCCCGUCCUCUGAUGUUCGACCAUUUGCCUUCUCUUCCCUCUGGGGUCUCCCCCGGCCCAGCUGGUCCCCAAAGCUUCUUUCCUUUUCGUUAGGACCCCCCUCCCACCCCCCUGCCAGCGAGACUUCGCUCCACUCUUGAUUUAUAAAAAGUGACAGGUAGAGAAAGAGAGAGAGAUCUACGGGAAGCAGGCCCGGUUCCGCCGCCGUGGCGUCUCUCCGCCGGACCCCUCGCCCGCGGCACCCACCACGCUCCGAGGUCGCUCCCGUGUCUGGAGAGAGAACAGAUUCCCGGGCGAGGGCGGUGGAAGUCCGGGCGCCGGCUCCAGCGGAACGACCGUGUACAGCAAUAAGCCGAUUAUUUUUUCUUCCUCCGUUCCAGUACUUAGUCUGUGUACAAAUGUAAUUAUGUCCGUCGCGUGGACGCCACGCAGCGGACGCAGGCGAUGUAAGUAUAAAGAGCUUCUUACGACUGUCGAAAGGCAAAUUGUUCAUAUCUCAUCUCUUUUCUAUCACGGUAAAUAAAUGUUGACGUUCUUAGCG